CCUCCUCCUCCCGCUUUGGGAUGAAGGAGGAUUCGGAACCACGUGAUUCUUUCAACAUCUCUACGCGGGAGCGGGCGGAGGAGGCGCGCAGGUCGCCCGGCGGACGGACAGACAGACAGACAGACAGACCUACAGGCAGGCACGCCCCUACACCCACUCCUCAAAGGAAAUGCAGCCAGAGAGAAUAAUCCAAGAUAGUUUGUCAGUCUUCAUCCAGAAUCAUAUCCCGGGUGCUGACUUGAGUGGUCUGGAUGACAUUGUUUUCUCCUACAUGGCAAGCGUCCUGGAAGGGCUUGGGUCCCAUGAGUCGUUUGAAGAGAAUUUUGACAUGGACACCUUUAUGGAAAUGAUGGGAGCGUACGUCCCUGGCUUUGCGGAAAUCAACAGUAGCAACGUUUGUGAAAUGAUGGUUUCUCUCUCAGAAAGGCUCCAUGAAGCCCGCAGUAAACAAUACACCAUGCAGAGCAGGAGCCAUGUAAAAUCUGAAGCAACGGCCCAUGUUCGUGAAGAGGGAGCAAGUGUGUCUGAGGACAACAGGCUGUCGUGCUCCCCGGUCGAGGGAGCCCCAGCAGAGGAAACACAUGGUGAUCCAGUGGAAGUGAUUCUGGAGAUGUUUCCAUCUUGCACGGUGAGCCAAGCCCAAAAGGCUCUAGGCAUGGCCUUGGGGAACCUGGAGGAGGCAGCACAACUCAUCCUAGAGGAGAAGGUGCAACUCAACACCCUGGAUACAACCAUACAGGAAGCUUCAAGAUCCCAGAAGACACCCAAGCAAGGCGAAUUAAAGCAAUUUAUCUUGGAGAAGUACAUGAUGGUAGAUAACGAAGAGGAUCAGAAAACACACAGACCAGCACCCCCCAAAGAGGCUCCCAAGAAGAUGAUUCGCUACAUUGACAAUCAGGUAGUAAGUACAAAAGGGGAACGAUACAAGGAUAUCAAGAAGGCAGAGAGUGAAGAAAUGAAGAGAACGUACAUCAGUCUCAAGCCAGCCAGGAAAUAUAAAUUCCACUAAGGGCCACUAAAGUCGCAUCACAUGCCUUCUGCUUGGGUACUCGUUUUAACCAUUUUCUCACCAUCUACCAGCCAAGAGCGAAGAAACCCUUCUGCCUAUUUAUCUGGGGGAUGAAAUUUAGAAUUAGAAGUUUGUGUUUACAUGCUUGAGAACUAACUCUCCGUAUACAGAAGCAGGGCCUAUGGUGACUAUAGGAGCUGCUGCUGCUCCUUCUCCUCCUCUGUCCUUCUCCUUACAGGAGUUUACUACGCUAGUGUGCUGCUUGUGUUGUUUUAUAACAAGUCAUUUGAAAUUUGUGCAUAAUGUAUGAUCAUGUUCGCCUAACACAGUAAAGCUAGCUUCCAUGACUGCUA